AUGAGUAAACAUUCUAAUUACCUACCUUCUAAUGACCAACUUGCAGCACUCGCUAAAGGAUGUGUUCCAAAAAAUACUAUUAAAAAUACAGAAGGAUGGAUUAAUAUUAUAAAACAGUGGCGGUCAGAUAUUAAUUAUAAUGAACCACUAGAAAGUCAAGACAAGAAAAUGAUUGAACUUCAAGUUUCUCAAUUUUUAUGUGGUGUAACAACUAAACAAGAUCAAUUUUAUUUACAAACAUCGUUAAAGAAUGCUUUAUCAGCAAUUAAUCGGCAUUUUCAAAAUAUCAAACCUGGUUGGCGAUAUAACUUACAUAAUAAGAAUGACUUUCCUGACCUGUAUGCCCGAUUUGAUGGUUUACUGAAAGACAUGAAAAAAAAGGGACUUGGUGAAUCCAAAUCUACGGAUGGAUUAACUACUGAAGAGAUUUGGCAUAUAUUGAAUCAUGAAAUUCUGGAUCCAAAUACUCUUUUAGGAUUAUUAAAACGGGUUUUUUUCUGGAUUUCUAUUUUAGGUGCUGCAAGAGGCAGUGAACACGCCAACUUGCAUGUAUCACAAGUUGUAGAUACAUCUGAUGGUAUUAUAUUAAAAAAAGCCCAACAAAAAAAUAACCAAGGCGGUAUAGAAGGAAAUCAGGUUGACUUAAUUAUACCUUUUUCAUCUGAUCUAGAAGGUACUGUAGGGCCGAAUUCUGAUAUAAGAAAGUAUCUUUCUUUUCGCCCUAAAAAUUUUCAAAGUUCAAGUUUUUACUUUUCUGCUUGUUGUAGUCCAGAUGUUCCUGAAAAUACUGGCCAUGCAAUCAGUGGGCAUAAAUCUUCUGGUGGAUACUAUGCUUAUGCCAAACCUACAGAUGAACAUAAAAGAGAAGCAUUAGGAAAU